AUGAAGCUGGACGAAUAUUCCCAACUGUUGUUUACAGAGAGUGAAACAGAUUCAGAGGGGUCACUUGAUUUGGACGCCACCCAGGGUCCUUCAGGAUCAACUCAAGUCAGUCAAGACAUUAGUCAAGACACAAUUGCAAGCUCCCCUGAAAGUCCAACAAUUGUGAAAAGCCCAAAGAAGCUACGUGACUCAGCAGCAAAACCAAGGAAGAGACAAAUAAAUCACUUCUUGGCUGUUGGAAAUCCAACAACAUCCGACUCGGAAACAGAACAAUCCCAAAGCCUGCUGAAAAGGAGAAAAUCAACAAAAAAAGGUACCCUAAUUUUUCCAUGGUUGCAGAUAUCUAUAGACACAUUUCUGGUUUCCUCCAUAAUGUUAGAAUUACCUUGA